AUGAAGCUCUCAGCAAGCGUCCUUCUGCUGAUCGUCGCGGCGGGUUUGGCCCACGCCGAAGAAGUUUGUUCUGCUGGUGAGCAGAAGAAGGAGGACUGUAACACAUGCGUUUGUGCUGACGGCGUUUGGGCGUGCACGAAGAAGGCUUGCCCACAGGUGGAGGAAGCGUGUAAGGCCGGUGACACCAAGCUGGACGACUGCAACACGUGUUUCUGCAUAGAAGGCGCGGGUUGGGCGUGCACCCUGAAAGCGUGUCCUAAGCCACAAGCAGAAGUGGAGAAGUGCACACCGGGGACGACCUUCAAGCAGGACUGCAACACGUGUACCUGCGGCCCUGAUGGCAAGCCGGCCGCCUGCACCCUCAUCGCCUGUCUUCCAAGGACGCGCAGAGCAGAUGACGACAGGUGCACGCCUGGGACUACCUUCCUGCAAGACUGCAACACCUGUACCUGUGGCCCUGACGGUAGGACGUCAGCGUGUACGCUCAAGGCAUGUCCUCCUCGCGAGCAGGACGGUCAGUGGAUGUCUUCAACUAGUACUUGCAAACCUGGAACGACCUUCCUGCAGGACUGUAACACGUGUACCUGUGGUCCUGAUGGGAAAACGUCAGCGUGCACCCUGAAAGCGUGUUCACCUGGCGCACAGGCAGAUGAAGACAAGUGCACCCCUGGGACGACCUUCCUCCAGGACUGCAACACCUGCACGUGCGGUGCUGACGGCAAGACGGCGGCCUGUACCCUGAAGUUAUGUCCACCCAGACCGCAAACAGAAGAAAGCUGCACACCUGGGACCACGUUCCUGCAAGAGUGCAACACGUGUAGGUGCAGCGAUGACGGCAAAACGUUCGCCUGCACUCUCAAGGCGUGUCCACCUCAUUCUGGAGUACAACUUGGGGAGGAAACGAACAGUACAAGAGGGCGAGUUGCGGAGGAGGGGGACAUUCUUGGUCUGCAGCCUCCAGACAUGAAGCUGUCAGCAAGCGCGCUUCUGCUGAUCGUCGCCACGACUAGGGCCCACAUCGAGGAAGCCUCAAAGUGUGAGCCUGGGUCUACGUUCAAACAGGGCUGCGACGUGUGCCUGUGCAGCGCAGACGGAAAGAGCUUCGUGUGUACGCUGGCACUAUGUCAAUCAUAA